UCCCCCCCUCCUUUCCCGAAGAUUGGUACAUCCCAUUUGAUUGACAUCUAACGCCUCGGAGGAGGUGACUCCGGAGCCCUCAUUCAGAAACAGCCUCUGCGGAAGAAGCGGAGGUAUCUACGCUAUCUCCUCAGGUGGACGUUGAGUGUGAGCUAGGGCCUAUUCUCGGAGCGCGUUUACGGCGGCGUAGAGCGGCCCGAAGGGAGAAAUGGAUGACAAAAAGGAUUUCAAUAGAAGAGGAAUGUUACAAAAGGACAAGAGAAACUUGGCUGUGAGCAGUAAUAUAUGAAGGUGGUGAUUGUGGAAGAAGCAGUUUCCUGGCAAGAGGAGAGAAAAGCGGCGUAUAAAUCGCUCUCGCGUAGUCUUGGCUUCUGGACGUGAAUAUGUGGCACAAGUCAGUAUGUGUGGCCCUGCUGGCCCUUGCAACCGGCUACGUCUUCUUGUUAGACCCUGAGCUCCCUGACUCAGUACUGGAGUAUUUCUCUGGCUUCUUCUUGUGCCACCUUCAGGAUGAAGGUCCAUCCGCAGAGAGCAGCAUGGCAGCUGCCUGGGAUGCACUUAUCAUCAGACCAGCCAAACAGUGGAAUCGUGUUGCUGUAGGGGUCAAUGCCUGUGUAGAUGUGGUCCUUUCUGGUGUGAAGUUGUUGCAGGCCCUUGGCCUAGAUCCAGGGAAAGGACAAGACCAUUCAGUCUUACAUUCCGGAACAGAUUUGAAGGAAGCCUUCAUCUAUUUCAUGGAGAAGGGAGCCGCAGCUGAGCGCUUCUUCAGUGAUUCUGAUUCCUUCCAUCAAAUUGCACAGACUGCUUCAAAGGAUCCUGGAGCACAGUUUUAUGUGGGAGGAAAUGCUGCUCUCAUUGGCCAGAAACUUGCGAAUAAUCCUGACCUAAAGGUUUUGCUGUGUGGCCCAAUUGGUCCUAAGCUGCACGAGCUGCUUGAUGAAAAUGUAAUUGUCCCUCCGGAAUCAAUGCAGGAAAUUGAUGAAUUUCAUCUUAUUUUGGAAUAUCAAGCAGGUGAAGAGUGGGGAAGUGUAAGAGCCCCAAGUGCCAAUCGCUUCAUCUUCUCCCAUGAUCUAUCGAAUGGGGCCAUGAACAUGCUUGAAGUUUUUGUGUCCAGCUUAGAAGAGUUUCAUCCAGACCUGGUGGUUCUCUCAGGCCUGCACAUGAUGGAAGGACAGACCAAGGAGAUACGUCAGAAAAGACUCUUAGAGGCUGUGGCUUCCAUCUCCGACAUUCCUUCUGAUGUCCCUGUACAUUUGGAACUGGCCAGUAUGACUGACCCAGACCUCAUGACUGAGAUCAUACAUCAGCAGGUCUUUCCUCUUGUGGACUCCAUUGGCUUGAAUGAGCAGGAGCUGCUCUUCCUCACCCAGGCGGCUUCUGGACCACACGCCUCCCUCGCAUCCUGGAACGGCAUCCCAGAUGUGGGUGUCGUCAGUGACAUCCUUUUCUGGAUCUUGAAGGAACAUGGACGGACUACAAGGAAGGCCUCUGAUCUGACUCGGAUCCACUUUCACACCUUGGCCUAUCACGUCCUAGCCACUGUGGAUGGAUAUUGGGUCAACCAGGUGGCCGCUGUUGCCGCUGGCGCAAGAGCAGCAGGGGUGCAAGCAUGUGCUACCAAAACAAUUGAUACCAGCAGAGUCUUCCUCAAGGCACCGCUGGAGUUUGAGACUUCGAAGACGGAGGAGGCCUCUAGAGUCUCCUUAAAUCCCAGUGAACCAGUGUCAGAAUGGCACAGAGAUGGGGUUACAUUCCAUUACACUCCUGUUCUGGUGUGCAAAGACCCCCUGCGGACCGUUGGCCUUGGCGAUGCCAUUUCUGCAGAAGGACUUCUUUAUUCAGAAAUCUACUCUCAGUAACCUAAGAAAGUGAGACGCGACUUACCUCUCUACAAACAUUUGAACCAUGCAGGCAUGGACUGGAAGUCGGUAUGUGAUACAGGGAACCAAAGAAUAAAAGCAAGGCACAGACCAGAUCCUGCUGGGCGUUGGUGCAGGACUAUCACUCCGUGGUAAGGUGUGCCAUUGAAUAGAGGGACCACCUUUGGCUUAUAGUGACACCGUGAACCAAAGCGAAUUUUGCUUUAAGAAAGCAGGUCUUCUUUGCAGUGACUGCGAAAGCUAGACCAUCAGCUAGUUAUUCCAGGGAAUAUAUGUUGGUACUUUGCUCUGUCUUCUUUCUGGGAAGGGGAAAGUAAAGGUGGCGUCAUAUUCCUAAUGCAGCAAGACCCAACCUUUUGCUUGUUUGGUUAGAGGUGUGAUAACAAUAUUUUUCUAUUUACCAUUCACUUACGUUGUGCAAAAAUUACCGGAGCUUGCUUUGCCAAUUCUAGAAAUGGGAAAUGCAUUGUCUGUUUUUUUUCAUGGUUUGCAGAAUAUGCUGAACUGUGGGUGCUUUGGACCAAUGAAGUGAAACGAGGGUACUGCUUUAUGAGAUUUGCUUAUCAUUUGGCUGGUGUUUGCUUAUUUUGUACAGUACUUCCCUGUAUUGAUUGAUGCUACUGCCAUAAAGAUGUGGUCAUAGAUCUGGUUUGUUACUGAAAACGAGGCCACAAUGAAAUGGGUGAACCCAUGUUCACCCAGCCCUUAAUGUACAAGCAAAUUCAUAAGCAAGUGUCUGUUUGCUUAUUUUGUACUUCCCUGUAUUGAUUGAUGCUACUGCCAGAAGAAUCUACUUCUUGUUAUUUGACACAGCGACUUCAAAUGCAAGCAAGUUGCGUACCAAAUUAUUCCACCUGUUAGUAACUGAUGUGUUUAUACCUAAGGCAGUGAUCUGACCCUCUUUACAAGAAGUGAGAAUAAUUUACAGUACAACUACUGCUCCUCACUAAACCUAAUGUGGCAAAAAUGGCAGUCAAUCUAGGAAAAUGCCAAAAUUGUGUUGAGGAAGCCUUGGAUCUUUAUAGCAUUUUCAGCAGAGAGCAAAUCUGAGAACCGUACUCCCUGCUAUUCUUGGCAGCUGCAACAGCAUGAGAUUCUGGUGAAUUUAUAUGACCACAGGAAGUUCUCCUUCCUAGCUCAGGAAAUUGUCUUGCACUGUCAUGUAUUCAGACUUUCUCCUUCAAUCAUGCAUUCCACUCCUUUUAUUAUUAUUAUUAUUAUUAUUUGUACUGCCGCAUAGCAAUAGAAAUGAAUUAAUCUGCAGGAUGUGACAUAGGACUUUGGAGUGAAGGCAAAAUCUGGUGGCUGUUAGCUGAAUCAUGGGAUUUGGAAAGGGGAAUCCACGUCAGACUGCUCAGACAGGACCCAAGAAGGUCUUAGUCACGAGACUCCUUUCUUUGUAGCCUAACCUACCUCUUUAAGUUGUAGUGAGGUUUUUUAAAUGGCUGCAAAUAAUGAUGUACAAGGCCCCAGGGUUCCAAAAGGUUGUGAUGGAAGCCGGUCAGGCCAGGAUUAGCGUUGGUCAAAUAAGGCAUCUUCUGCUCUUAAGGUGUUAACAUUUACCGUCUUGCUUAACCUAGUAUCUACAGACUUUUUCAGCAUCAAAGAAUAUUUUAAAAUGUCAAGAGGAUUUCCAGGACUACAUUGGAGUAACAUUUUUGUUAAUUGAUUUCUCCAAAUGAGAUAUUUAUGUUUAUGCCAAACUGAUGUUUUGCACUAUUAGAGAACCUAGAAAAAUUGAGGGGUUUUGGCUUUUUUUUAAUGCUACAAAUGGAUUGCUUACCUGUAACCAUGUUUCUUUGACUGGUCACCUGUGAGAUCUGCACAAAUGGGUCUCCUGUUCCUGCACAGACAGUUUUGGAACUCCCUAGAACAGUGGUUUUCAACAGUGGUUCUCAACAGACCUCACAACCUCUGAGGAUGCCUACCAUAGAUGCAGGUGAAACAUCAGGAGAGAAUGCUUCUGGAAACAAGGCCAUACAGCCCAGAAAAUUCACAACAAACCAGAGCCUGGCUUUGUGACACCUGUAACUGUCGUCCACCUCAUUUGCCAGGAAGUGACUGGACCAGGAUGGUGGUCUCCCAGAUGUUUGAAUGCAACUUGCGUGAUCCCUCAAAAUGCCAUGUGCUGGCUAAGAUGGAUUGUGGUUGCAAUACAGCAUCAUCUGGAAAGCCACAUGCUUCUCAUCCUUCAUUGGAGGGAUACAACAGAGUUGAAAACAAUUCUGUGUAAAAAGAUAUUCAGAACAUAUAGUUCUCAAAAUGUAUUUCUGAUCACUUGGAGACUUUCCCUCUUUUCCCCACUGUAUUGGGUGUCUUAUUUUGGUUGGUUGUAUUUAUUACUCGGACUAUGCCUCCAAUGAUUUCAGGACCAACAAAAUUCAUUAGACUUUUGAAGAACACAGCUGCUGAAGGAGCCAAAUCCCCUGACCCCAAGCUAAUCCCAGCUUCCACUAAAACAGCAAUUUGCCCAGUGCCAGGGCCUUCCUUGUGCUAAUGAGUGAAAAUGUCCUUAGUACCUUCCUAGUGCAAAGCAGAGUAGUGAAACAAGUACAUUCUCCCUAUAGCUGAAACCCUAUGGAUAUUAACUGAAGCUUUUAUUGAACAGUACACUCCUGCUUUUGUUCUCUUUUUGCUCUUCCAAAUGAUACAAUGUCUUCCUUAUGCUGUCAGGUUACUACAUCUUUCUGGCUGACGAGUUCUCAGGGAGUCGCCCAAGAAUCUAACCUGUGGGUCUGGACGGUGUCAUUUAAGAACAAUAUUGCUUGGGCAAAGCAGACAUACAGCAUCUACUGUUUUACUGGCAGUUGCCAUAGCAUUUGCUUGUGACAGUCACCUGUGAUGUGAAAGCUCCAGUCUGUGUUCUGAUUUCAUAAAUAACAAUAGGGCUAGACUGGACAACAUUUGGAAGAGCUAAAAAGUACACUUUAAAAUAGUUUUUAAAGAAAAUCUAUUACCAAAUUAUUUUUGUCUGUAGUAUUCCUAUGAAAUAAGAAUUGUUUCUGAACAGUGUAUCAUGUUUGUGUAUAUGAUUUUAAAAUAUUCUGUACUGUGGGUGGCAUUUUCACUAAAUGUUGUUUUGCAUUUAGAAAGAUA